GCCUCAGUUUUGGAAGAGACGACGUUUGAGAGUUAUGGGUAAUUUCGAAACUAUUUGCUCCUGAACAAAAUGAAUAGUUCCUCUGAGACUAACGGUAUCCUGUACAGGAUUUCUAACGAGAUGAGAGGUCAGGAUCUUCAAAAUAUGAAACAAUUGUGUCACGGACAGAUACCAUUGCGUGAUCUCGAAAAAUCGACUAGUCCAAGUGCCUUGUUCCAGAUCAUGCUUCAGAGGAGAUUGAUAAGUCCUGGUAAUUUGAGUUAUUUAGAUCGCUUAUUGGAUCAGAUUGGUAGAGCAGAUUUAGCACGCAAGAUUCAAACUAGCGGAAACGACACCACGAUGGAAACAGAGAGCGCUGUGUCUAGCAAUCCAGCCGACAAGAGUUAUCGAGCUUUCCUCAUGAAACUCAGUGAUGAAUUAACGAGAGAUAACGUCGACUCGUUGAAGUUUGUUGCUGAUUUACCAGAUGGCAUUGAUGAAAAUGUGCGGAGUGGAAAAGACCUUUUUAAAUAUAUGAUUCAAUGUGGCAGAAUUGGACCUUGUAAUUUGGACCACCUCGCUGACAUGCUCCAAGAAAUACAUCGUAGAGACUUGGCAGAGAGAGUCAGAAAAUUUCAGUCAGAUGAAGCUGUAAGUCCUAGUGCUGCCAAAACUGAGUGGCCUGCUCAAUCACCAAUCAAUGGCCAACGCCCAUUUGCACCAACACAAGCUCCACCACUCAGACCUUUAGUUACUGGGAAGCAGCCAACAAUGCAUCAGAUGGGUGAACCAAGACCACCAAGUGCACCUUUACUUUCUCCUGCAUAUUUCUUGAGAGGGCAGGGUGGAAGUUCAGAUAACGUGGAACCUCGAUUCCCUGUCCAGGCAGGAGCUAGUCCAGCAGAAAUUGUUGCUCCCAUGCAACAAUUAGGGGUUGAUGAGGAAGAAGCAAUGCCUUCCUAUCCCAUGAGAAACCGGCCACGUGGUAUUGCACUGAUUAUAAGUAAUGAACGCUUUGAAGGAAACCCUGAUUUGAGAGACCGCCAGGGAAAUCAAAAAGAUGUGAAUCAGCUCCGUGAACUAUGGCAAUUCUUGAAUUUUGAUGUAAUUGUGGAAUCACAGCUAGAGUCACAUGAAAUGUAUAAUGUUAUAAGACGGAUCUCAACCAUGGAUCACUCAAACUUUGACUGUUUUGUUUGUUGCUUGCUAAGCCAUGGAGCCAAUGGAGGGAUCUAUGGCACAGAUAGUGUAUUGGUGGAGAUCAAGUAUAUAACAGCCAUGUUCAAAGGUGUGGCCUGUCCAUCACUUGCCAACAAACCUAAAUUGUUCUUCAUCCAAGCUUGCAGAGGACAAGACUUUGAACGAGGAGCUCGGAUUGAAGCUGAUGCAGUAGAAAGCAAUCCUGAAGAUGCCAUGAGGAAUAAUGCAGAGCCAAAUGAAAGCCAUUUUCUCCUAGGUUAUGCCACUCCUCCAGGUUAUGUCAGCUGGAGAAGUCAAGUCCAUGGCUCCUGGUAUAUUUCCAAGCUCUGUGAAGUGUUCCGAAAGUAUUGCGAGAAUUAUGAUGUGACAACGAUGAUGGUAAAGGUCAAUGAUGAAGUUUCAGAUGCGUUCACCAAGAGGGGAUACAAACAGUGCCCAGCUCCUGUUGUUACACUCAGGAAGAGAAUCUACCUCAACAACAACUGAUUGGUACAGUCUUUCCACAAAAAUUACUCCUUCAAAAAAAAAACUGCCAUGUGUGAUGAAGAGAGUAUUUGUCCUUAACAAUUUAGAUCAGACAGGUGAUGAGAGUAAAGAAAAAUAGCAAUUAAGGAACUAGUACUUAAUCCAAUAGCAAAUUCUCCAAACUAACGAUUUAAACGUCAUAAGAAUUGUUUGGGAGGAGAAAGCAGAAUUACUAAUGAGAUUGAAAGAGUGAAAGGUUUAAUUGAGCUGUGAAAGUAGGUAGCAACUGCCUAUCCGGUGCAGUUUUUUCUGUGCCUUCAGGCAAUAAGUAAAGUUUCAUUUCCAUUUUCAUUCAAGAGAACUAAAGGAUUAUCGGUGGUACUGCAUGUUAACUCCAGUUUGGGGGGGGGGGGGUACAAACGUGAUUGAGCCUGCAGGUCGACCUUGAAAGGUUUCACUUUGCUUCUUUUUAUACGUGUACACUGUUUAAAACGCAAGAACCUGCAUUUAAAAGUUGACUCUGAAAAUGUCAUUAACUCUUCACACCCUAACGUGAGUAUGAAAUUCUCUGCACUGUUCUCUAGACUUUUCCUAAGGUACCUACAUAAUUGGGUACUUUGUCUAACGAUCUCAAGCCUCUGGAGUUCACAAUCAUUUUACUGUUUUCUUAUCACCUUAAUGUGUGAUUCAGGGGUGAUAAUGUUGCAAGAAAUUAGACGCCCAUCACUCUUAGAGGUUGAAGGGUUUCAUGUGGAGUGUUUGCAUUGUUUUUCUUCCUUAAAAUUCCUCCAAUUUGACUAACAUUGUGAAGACAGUAGACCCGUGCCACAGCAUAAAACGCCAAUUCAGUGCGUUUAAGGGUUGACUAGAUCUUCUACACUAGGUUGUGGCAUGGAACGUAAAUGAACAAAUGUACUCUUUGAUCUGAGUUUUGUAAUGUUUAAAUGCGUGUAAUGAACCGUAUUUUUAUUUUGCUUGGUUUACCACGCCGUAAUUUGUGGAAAAGAAUGCAGCAACCUAGUGAAAAGAGGAAGUGCGAUAUCACUUCUCAGCGGUGAUUGCUGUAAGUCGUUUUUGUUUCCGUGUGGUUAAAAAGAUGGCACUUUUUUUUUUUUAUGUAAAUCACGAAAACGCGAAAACACAAGUUUUAACCCAGCUUAAGACUACCUUCAAUUGACCCUCAGUUGUUUAAAUUUAUAAAACUUAAAGAUUUCAUUUUUGGCAAGUAUUUAUCGGUGAGGUUACGUUUCAGCGUAGGCCUGAAUUUUGUAUUUAAUCAAAACUCUAACAGAGUUUUGAUUAAAUACUUAAUCAAAACUCUAACAGAGUUUUGAUUAAAUACUUAAUUAGGACAGUGUAAACGUCAUGCUUGUAAAUUGACAGUGAAAUAGGACAGUUGAAGGGACAGGUAACACGUCAUGCUUGUGUAAGUGGACAGAACGCGUCAUGCGCGCCCGCUGCAGUCGCGCAUUUUGCCGAGUUGACUGCUUUUGUUUUUUUUGUUUUUUUUUUAAGGAAACGUAGAACCGAUGUCUAGUUUCUUUCUCGAGUUUUGUCAUAGUUUUGAUUAACUGGUAACAGGACCUCGUGUCGUCCAAUUCUGUCUGUAAUCAUACUCGUGAUAAAAAAAUCGGCCUUCCGCUUCGUGGUCGUUGGAUUUUGUUAAUCGCUCGUUUGAUUAUAGACCGACCAAAUUGGACUCUACUCGGUCCUAGUACCAUUAUAAAUGAGGGUUUUAAACCCCUGGGUGUUAUUACUCAAGCCGAGAAUAGACAAAGUUUAAGGAUAUGAAUGGAGGUUUAGCUUUUCCUUGUACAGUAUAUGUGCUUUACAUGAGGAAGCUUGGGAAGGUUUCCGUCGAGUUUUUUAAGACUUAUAAAACCCAACACUUGCAACGGAGCCUUAGAAAGUUAUUUCGUAGUGAAUAGAGUUAAGGAAAAUUGCAUAAACUGCUUGUUAUUUUGUGAUGUAUGUUCAUGCUUGAUGUUUUAAAAGGGUUUUCCAAAGCACAUUCGCCAGCGGCUUAGGCCCAUAAAAAUCACAAGAUACUUGCGCGUUCAUGCAAUUUCCCUCUCUGAUUAUCAGUAAGAAUCAUGUAGUUCUGACUCAUGCUUCGAUGCAAUUAGUAGUCGAAUAAAAUGUUAGUAAAACAA